AUGAGAUGGAUAGAGUGGGCUGAGCUGCGGUGCUGGGGGUCACUCCUGAGCUGGUCGGUGGACAACGGAGGUUACCGGGGAGACAGAAAGCAGGGUAUAGUACAGAUGGUGCGAGCCAACAACUCAGAACUGAGCUUCCUGCUUCUUUUGUCACUGAAGCUCUGCUUCCUGUGCUCACUGGUGUUCAUUGGUCGUCCGUCAGUCUGGACUUGUCGGCUUCAGCAGGCAACAUUUGGGAUGAGCUUUGGUCUUUGUGUUUCCUGCCUCCAAGUUAAAACCAUAGUUGUUCUGGCAGCAUUCCGCUCAGCUCGGCCUGGUGCUGAAGCCUUGAUUAGAUGGUUUGGUCCAGGCCAGCAGAGAGGAAGUGUCUGUUUUCUUACUUGUAUACAGAUAAUCAUCUGUGUCACAUGGCUGUCUCUUAGUCCCCCUGUGCCUCAACGUGAUCUGGGUUUCCAAGGGUCAAAGGUCACUUUGGAAUGUGCCAUGACCUCCGUGGUGGGCUUCUCACUGGUUCUGGGGUACAUUGGUCUGUUGGCCUGCACCUGCCUCAUACUAGCCUUUCUUGCACGAAAACUCCCUGACAACUUCAAUGAGGCCAAACUGAUCACUUUCAGCAUGCUGAUUUUCUGUGCAGUUUGGGUGGCCUUUGUCCCUGCUUAUGUUAGCUCUCCUGGGAAGUACACUGUUGCCGUAGAGAUUUUUGCAAUCCUGGCCUCUAGCUAUGGUUUACUCAUCUGUAUUUUUGCUCCAAAAUGUUUCAUCAUCCUUUUGAGGCCUGAGAGAAACACUAAGAAACACCUGAUGGCCAGGUAG